AUGGAUAAACACUUCAUUCACACCCAUUGGAGUUUGUUCCUCAUUUUUUCUAGUGUUGGACUUUUACCACUUUCUCUCGAUAAACAUUCUUUUCAUGUAAAAGAAAGCAUUGGAAAGAUUCUGUACUGGGUUGCUAUCUUCAUAGUAAUCAAUUCAAUUUGUUUCUAUCAGUUCAGAUAUCACAGUUUGACAGGUAAUUGGAACGGGUUAGUAGUCAAAUUCUCGGAAUGGUGUGUACUAAUACUGAUAGUAACGGAUUUAAGUUGUACACUAAUCCAAGCCUUGUUAAGCCGACACACUCAUAAACUUCUCCUUAACGACAUGGAUAUCACCGAUUUUAUCAUCUACAAUAAAUAUACAAUACAACGCACUGAUCGAAAGGUCAAACAUUACACUAUGCUAAAACUGUUAUUUCUGGAAGGAAUCUGGUUGAUCCUGAGUAUACUCAAGUUUUUAAACCUCAAAGACCAAAUGGUUAUGAUACAAGAAACGCUCAUGUCAAUACCAAUUUGUUGGCUUACAAACGUGAGAUUGGUUAUGCAAACAUUUUACAUCGACCUGAUAACCGAAAGAUUAACGACCAUAAACGGGGAACUGGAACUUUUUGGAAACAUAAAUAUUGAUCCUAAAUUUACAAAAAUAGACCAACACAACUAUAGGGAAGCUGUGGUAAAGGUUCAAGACACAUAUACAAGGAUAUGGAAAUGUUUUAUGAUAAUUAAUGGAAUAUUUGGAUGGUCAACGGUCUUACUAGUUAUGAAACAAUUUGUAUUACUUAUUGCUACAAGCUUCUGGUGUAUCAACAGACAGAAAAGUAUCAAUGAUGAUGGGAGUACCUAUCUCGAAUCAUGCACGGUUAUAAUAUACAUCGUUAGUAGCCUUUCUUUUCUGUGUCAUUCUGCAGCAACUUGCAAGAAAGAGGCAUCAAAAACAGCCGAAGCUCUAUUGAAGCCAGAAUAUAACUAUGAAGAUUUGGAUAUUCGCGAUUUUCUAGCUCAAAUGCAACAUCAGCCAUUCAUUACGACGGCGAAUGGAUUCUUCGAUAUUGAUUAUGGUUUGCUCGGAUCGACGCUAGCAACUACCGUCACUUAUAUAGUGAUAAUGCUUCAACUCGAGGAAAAUUGAAUUUGCCGCAAGCUAGACAUACCUUUCAUUACUCAUCGACCGAUAAACCAUCGCGGCGACGACGGUGGAUUUCCGUUGUAUCGCUAAGUGUGUGCUAGAAUGUGUCUCUCUUACAUAAAACAAAUAUGCACAGCUGAUCCGACUUGGUACUUGACCAGCCAGUAGAAACCACCCACCCAAACAACACCCCGUCGAUGCGGGCUUGCUCCAGACACAAUCAGUUGUUUACAAGCUUUCCCCUGCAAUAAGCACGACACUGUUCAACAAACACAAAAUGACACGGUUUUUUGAAAAGUUUACGUUAUUCUGUGUGAUAACUGUGAUAACCGCACUGUCGCUUAUAAUCGUUACAAGUGUGCAGUUGGCUUACGAACCAGAAGUUGUGAUAAAUCGUGAUAACGAAAAGAUCUUGGAUGCAUUUAAAAUAAUACGCCAAAGAUCAAGUUGGACUAAUAGCAACUGUAGUGAAAAAUGCAUACACAAUACAAGUGCAAAGCUCUACAUUUUAGUGCAAUCACCUAAGGUGAACAAGAAAUUUCGUCAAGCAAUAAGAGAAACAUGGGCAUACAGAAGCAGCCCUGACGUGCAAAUAAAAUUUGCAUUAACAAAGUCACCGAGCCGGUUAAAUGAUCAGGAAAGUUUCAUACACCGCCACCUUAAGCGAUUCUAUCAUCAUUGUGUUCCGGGAGACUAUCUACUAAUUACUAGCGAUCUGUUCUUUAUCAAUACACCUCAAAUUAUAACGGCCAUAAAUCAACGAUUGCCUCAACGACACACUACAAUAUGCGCAAAAGCAAACCACAACGUUGAGAACACGGCAAAAUAUCUAGGGCAGUGUGACGUUCAAAUGCCAAUCCUCUUUUCAAAAGACACGGUUUAUGAACUAUUAGAUUCAAAUCUUCGGAACUCUUCAGCGAGCAGUAUUCGGUUUGGUGAACAUUUAUAUCUCACUCCGAACGAAACAAUGCGGAUCAUUAGCGGUACGAUAGAUGGCAGCAAUUUGUUGUUCUUUUUCUCCGGUAGGCUAAGGAGUGCAUCUGAUAUCAGCCUACUGUGGAUGGCAUCGAGAGAUUACAGAGCCAUAGAAUCAUGAUUAGUGAAUAAAGUAAGCAAUGCACUCAGA